AGUGGCACAGAAAGCCUCUCUCUCUCUCUCUCUCUCUCUCUCUCUCUCUCUCUCUCUCACACACACACACACACACACACAGGCUUACACAGACAUGGGUCUGUGCACAGGCUUUGCCACUGGGACCCAGGGCCAGCAGGCUCUGGAGUUGGGAAGGCCAGGCUCGGCCUGAGCUAGGGUGCUUCCCAGGCUGCUGCUCUCAAUACCUGGGAGAAACAAAGCAAAUUGUGUUUGCCAGGCUGGCUGGCCCAAGUCACAAGAUUCCGAGUGUCAUGCAGCCCUGUGGAUCUCCUGCAAAAACGCCACCAUUGGGGCAUGCCGCCGGGCGCGCAGAAUUGGGAGUGCACCGGGCUUUUCAGAUAAGAACCUUCAGCACGGGACUCAAGAAUCAUGUGAUGUUCAUGGACCUUGUCAAGAGCACCUGGCUCCCCUCCCAGAGACGAGCCAGAGUCUGUGGGCUCCACAUGUCCCAGGCCCUGCGCAGAGCUGAGAGCACGGCCGGCAGAUAUGAGGUGCACAGCCGACAGGACUUGCCCAGCCAAGAGCAGAGCGCCUGGGAAAGAAAUGGAAGUCUCUCCGGUGCAGGACUGCAGGAUAACUGGUACUCUGCAAACGACUUGAUUGCCCUUAAAAACCUCCAGUCUGAUGCUGCCGGGAAGAAAUCGGACUUCACCCAGGAGGCCCUGCCAAUGCUGAGCCCUGAGAUGAUAUCCCCCACUGUAACUUCGCAGCUGAUGAACGACGGUGAAGCCACAGGCCCGGCCCAGGCCGUACUGGGGAUCCCCACCCCAUCAUCCCCCAAGUGGCCCGGGGGGCCUCCUCUGGCAUGUCACCGUGGAGUCGCCCCCGACAGGGCCUUGGUCUUGCUCCCGGGGCCCUUAGGAGUCCACAUGCCACUGCAAGAGCUUGGACCCGGGACCGAGCCAGCACCCAGGGGCGACCCAGGGGGACCCAGCCCCCAGAAAGGCUUUGCGUCCAUCACUAUCACCGCCCGGCGCGUGGGACCUCCUGCCAGCACUGUGUUGUGGGGGGCCCGAGAGGACCCUCAGCCCAGGGAGCCCUCGGCGCUGGCCGGCAGCCCCUGUCCACAGCGGCCCUAUGGGCCUGCCCCCUGCACAGAACUGUCCAGAAGCGGCUCCGGGAGGAGGCUACAGGAGGGGCCACGACAGGGCUGGAUGGCCCCGGUGGACAGCGGAGAGGACUCUUACUCUGCAGACACCCCGCGGGCAGACCAGGGCCCACUGCUGUUCAGCUCCUGUGUCCAUCUUCGGGUGUCCCAGCAGAGCCCGCAGUCCAUCUUCUACCUGGACAGGUCCCUCUCCGUCCCCCUGGAGGCUGUGGCCGGGUCAGGCCCUAAGCUGCACCGCUCUGUGCUGUCACUCAACCUGAGCUGCAAUUCCCACGGCCCGCCAGCAGAUGGCGGAGGCGGCACGGCGAACACCCCGAGGCCUCGCCGCCAGGUGCCCCUGGCCCCCCGAUGGAGCCUGGGCUCCCAGGACAGUUUCUGGAAGGCAAGCCCACCCCCAGGACCCCAGCCUCUGCCGCCGGGUGCGUGUCCCUGGAGGGAGCCGCCUCUGCGGGGCAAGGCAGAACUCACAGGUGCGGAGACCCAGCAGCUGCCGGCCGGGGACAAGCCCUUGGCGCACUGUCCCUCCCGCCAGCUGUCCAUUCACAUCCCGGGAUGGAGCUACACAGCAGGAGAUUACACCUGCUGUGACCUGGUGGUCAAAAUCCAGGAGUGUAAGGGGAGGGCUGUCACCACCCCGGCCGAGCCCCCGCCGGUGCCCCCCGAGUCUGCGUCCCCCACGCCAGCACCUGCGAAGGAGCCAGAGACCACCGACCUGCCAGAGGAAAGUUCUGAGGACCCUCAGGUGCCUGCACCCUCCUUAACCCUGCAGGAGGCGCUGGAGGUGCGGAAGCCCCAGUUCAUCUCCCGCUCUCAGGAGCGGCUGAAGAGGCUGGAGCACAUGGCCCAGCAGAGGAAGGCCCAGCGGAAAGACGCAGUGGCGCAGAAGCAGAGCGUCCCCCCCACACGAGCCAGCAGGAAGCAGUUCACGAUCCCCCAUCCUCUCAGCGAUAACUUGUUCAAACCCAAAGAAAGGUCCAUUUCAGAAAAGGAGAGAUACAUGCACUCCAAGAGAAUCUAUAAUAACCUGCCGGAAGUGAAAAAGAAAAAGGAAGAACAGAAGAAGAAGGUGGCUUUACAGAGCAACAGACUCCGUGCUGAAGUCUUCAAAAAGCAACUCCUGGACCAGCUUCUCCAAAGGAGUGCCGUCUAGCUGCCCACUGGGCGCCGUGCACCUGAGUCAACCGGAGAGCCUGCUCAGCCCAUUAAACCUGGCUUCUCUUCACCACGAA